AAAUAGAACGGAGGGAAUAAUUUGCUCUCCAGCUAAGCACUUGAAAGAACUAUACUAAGCUUUCCCAUUAGAAAACAAAAGAGCACAAACAACUAAUCGGAGAAAAAAAACCGGUUGAGUCCGGUCCGGUUCAGUAUAAAUGGAUGGAGUAGUAGGAGCUCGACUCGGCCGGUCGUCAGCUAGAUAUGCACCAACAACUGUAUUUACCGGUCCGGUUCGUAAAUGGAAGAAGAAAUGGAUCCACGGUUCACCGCCGUCUAACUCCGGCAACAACCAUAACCGAACCGGCGGAGUUAACGGUUCUCAUCUGUUGCUUUUCAAGUGGAUACCAGUUACUGUUAGCCAGAAUAGUAGUGAUAGUAAAAACGACGUCGUAGAGGAACGGCCACGGAAACGGAAAUUCAAGUAUAUUCCGAUGAAAGUGAUUGAAGAACAAAAGAAUGAUGCAUCGGAACAAGCUGAAGAUGAUAUUAAACCAAUUGAAAGUGACACAAACAGUGAGGAGCCAACAUCUCAGGCAGAUGGUUUUGAUGAAAAACCUGACAUCAAUGACAUGCCCAUGGAAGAGACUCAGGUGGCAAUAAACUCUCCAACUUUGAGUAUGCACAUCUAUAGACCUCAACUUGUUGUAUCCAUUGUGUCAGUUGAACACUCCAACCUACAGAAUAAUCAUCUAGACACCUCCAAACUUAAUAUGCCAUGUCAUCGUUGGAUGUCCAUGAGACACAAUGAGGACGAGCUGGAGAGUGUAGUUACCAGUUGAGACCAAGUUGCGGUGUCCAGAUGUCACGCUCUCAAAGUUGGAUUGCUUGCUUGCCAGUUGAGGCCGAGUUUCAGUAAAAGUUUAUGUAUUAUACGUCAUGAUUUCUCUCCCUCCCUCGUUUUUUCUUUUGUUUGAACUUGGUCUGGCUAUACACUCCAGUUGUCUGGCUAGAAACACAAUCCAAAUUUCACGGGUCUAACAAUGAAUACGAGAUAAUGCGCACAAUUGUCUGAAUGAGUUUUUUUAAUCUUUCAGCCUCCGAAGAGAAAACCUCCAGAGCGACAGGACUUAAACGAAAGGACUUUGGACUUGUCUUUGGGUUAGAAAGCUCGCGAUGGAAACCACUCCGACUCGAAAAUAGGUCAGGCAAGUGAACUCCAGGAGCACCACCAAAGUCAUUAAGGCUUUUCCAAAAAUGUUGCCCUCUGUGUCUUCAUAUGACACAUAGGCCUAAUGUAAUUGUAUUCUGAAAUUAUUGUGUACUUUGCAGAAAACCUUUUAUGUUGUUCCAUCACAUUGAAGUGCUAGGGCACAACAUGUGAUGUGUGGGUUUGGCGUGCGUCAAGGGUUUGAAUCUUGACGCAGGCAAAAGGCCGGGUAUUUAAGUAGCGGUGUGUGUACCUAUUAUCCAUCGAGUUUCAAACUGCGCUCGAUGAUUUCUCUGAUUAUAAAAAAAAAAUCACAUUUAAGUGCA